CUCACAGUUCGCACCAUUCUACCAUUUGUUCCGCGCCGGAGGCAGGAGGAUGCUGAGUGGCUCAGCGCUGUGUCGCUCAGACCAGCUCUUGUCUCUUUAUUGGCUUUGCCCAGCCUGCGGCGGAGCAUAGGUAGCCGUGGCAACAACUGGCUCAGCUUUGGCCUUCUGGCCACUCCGCCUCACGCGACCGGAAAACGUAGUUUUACACGCUCCCCGGCGAUUGGCUGGGAUUGAGCUGUCCGUCAUACACCCUUGUCCGAUUGGUUCGAUGAGCUCCGUGUGGGGCUGGGCUCACGGGGCCGGGCAGCGGCAUGGCUGACCGCGGCGUGUGGAGGCCUCCACGAACAUGUGAGGAUUAUUGGUCUGAAUGGAAACACUGUAAGGGCAUCCGUAAUUUAUUCCAUAACUAUUAUACGUAUGGGGAAGCACCCUCCUGUGGACAGUGGAAAAUAGACUAUGGCAAUUGCAUAAAGUGGGAAAAAAGCAAAAGUCCAGAUGCUAAGGAAUCCCUAUGCAAGAGUGAAAGAGCCCGGCUUUUGGAAAAACAAAAGUAUGAUCCAGUGUGGCAGCUGAGGGAAAGCCCACCAAGGGACUGGUACCUUCCUCUUGGUCAAGAUAAACCAAAGUAAUAAGACUAUCUACCAUAGUUGGCCCCCAUAUACCAGAAGAUGUGAGGCCAAUGCUAUUUUUCUGCCAUUUGAUUCUGAAACAAGACUGUAGCCUCUAAAGGAGAAAGACUUCUCAGCUUAUACUUCUGCGCACAGCAGUCCCCCACCUCAUUAAUGCCUAUUUUGGAGUACAUUUAAUGGUGUUUAAGAAAUGUCUUAUUGAGAUAUAAAUAUUUUAAAAGGAUAGUUCAGGUGCUCACUUUAAUUAUUGUCUGCUACAGUCCUCUGCCUUUCCCAUUGAUCCAGACAAGGACAAUGCCUGCUGCUUUGAAACAGCACACAUCCAUGUAGUCCGGCUGCUCUUGCUAUUAGAGCCCACCCCUCACUUCCUUCACCUGGGCUAAGCAUGCUGCCAUUAUGGCAUGCCAAGACCAGGCUAGCCAGAUGAGGAAUUAAAAAAAAAAAAGCUACCCCUCUCCAUUGGCAAUAGAGAUUAAAGUCAUCAGGACAGCCCAAGCAGCUGGUAUUUGAAAAAGAAAGUUUGUACAGAUGCACUAUUGUCAUCCUUAACAGUGUGCUAUGGGGCAGCAGACAGAAAAUAAAGUUGACCUAUACCAGUCAUUUGCCCUUGCAAAAUUAUUCUCAGGCUGUUUUUGUUCUUAAAUAUGUUUGUGAAAGCAUUAAAAGUUAUCACAAAAAUAAAGACUUCAGUGACUUUCAAA